AUGGCAGAGCCCUACACACCCCCGAAGCCCAAAAAGACGCUCAAACGCAAGCGGAGCCAGCCUGAACGAGAUGGCAUCGACAUGGACGAGCCGUUUCCACCCCCGGCAGCCCUCAGGCGAAAAAUACCCAAUUUUCAGGGACACGGCCCCCAGAACUGCGGCGACCACCAUCACCGCAUAAUGUCGUCCAUCGCCGAAACCAGGUACAAGGCACACUUCCCCUUUUCGAGCAUGACAUGGACAUGUGUUGGCUGCCUUGGCGACUACUGUCCCAUCAACCUGCACGACCUGCCUUGCGGCCACUUUUUCUGCCUCAACUGCCUCAAUCACCGCAUUAAGGUGCUCCCGUCGCGACUAGGAAUAUAUACCAAGCAGCUCAAUGACACGAUGGCGGAGAUGGUCGCGCUCGAGGACCAGCCCCGGCGCAAGCGCAUGCCCGCGACACAACGGCGCGAGGUGGAGCAGACGUACAGCCGGCUCAAAUUCAAGCUGCUGCACUACGCCGGCCUCGAGUGCUGCGGUAUGGACACGAAGCUGAACCGCUUCGUCGGGUGUCUGAGCCCGGGUGCCUCGCGUACGUACUGGCUGUGCUCGCACUGGCUAUUCGACAGACCCCACGAGCGGAGGUCAUGUGCCUGGCCCGAUUGCGAGCAAUACAUUCCGGUGCUAUGCCGCUGGGAGCUGCGUCCAAGCCUCGGCGGCGGCGACGGCCAACGGUACUACUGUGUGCAGUGCCGAGCCAACUCUCGCGAUUCGAGCCAGAGAGUCCUUGUCAGCCCACAGACCAAAUUCCCGUGGCUACCAGAGGGGCAGGACCUAUUGCUGCCAUCAAGGUAAGUCGACGAUUGCCAUUGCAACUCCAUUGCCAUUGUAGUUGAAUGGUUCUCGA